GCCCACCCCACUCCUUCGCUGCAAGGAAAUGGCAAAGCUCGAACUCUCGAAGAAACAAAUAGACAGAGACAGGGAAAGACUAGAGAGCGACAAACAGGGUUCAACGCUGCAGUCGGCAACAAUUCUCAAUUUCCCUCUCUCUUUUCUAAGCAAUUUAAUCUCAGUUUCAAGUAAAAGAUUCUCAAUCUCUGAUCUGCUCCUCUUCGAUUCUCGGGAAUAACAGACUCGACUUCUUGAAGAAGACUUUGGAAAUUAGAUUCUAAGGGUGGUUUUUUUUUUUGUCAAACUUGGGUUUGGAAUUGAUACGGACCGUUAAAUCAUGCUCUCCAAUCACCUGCAAAAUGGGAUCGAGACCGCGAAGAUGGUUUGGUCUCGGAUCCCGAACGCCGAGGAAGGUGACCGCGAGGACGCCGGGCUCUUGCGGAAGAGCGAUGGGAGCAGCGUCGAGAGCCUUGAGUACGAAGUCGUCGAGAAUCACGCUUAUUGGGAAGAGCAGGACCAGCGAGGGAAGCUUUUUCUCGUAUAUUAUGUGGUGGUGAAGUGGUUCUUUGCUUUGCUCAUUGGCAUUGGUACUGGAUUAGCUGCCGUUUUCAUAAAUCUUUCUGUUGAGAACUUCGCUGGUUGGAAGUUUGCAUUGACUUUCUCUAUAAUACAAAAAUCAUAUGUGGCUGGGUUUAUCGUCUAUGUAUUUAUCAACCUAGUUUUAGUCUUGUCCUCUGUGUAUAUCAUUACGCAUUUCGCACCAGCUGCAGCUGGAUCUGGAAUUCCCGAAAUCAAAGGUUAUUUGAACGGAGUUGACAUUCACGGGGUUCUUCUUUUCAGAACCUUGAUUGGAAAGAUAUUUGGAAGCAUUGGCUCAGUUGGAGGUGGUCUAGCUCUGGGCAAAGAAGGUCCUCUUGUUCAUACUGGUGCUUGUAUUGCUUCUUUGCUCGGACAAGGUGGAUCCACCAAGUAUCAUCUAAGUUCAAGAUGGUUGAAUAUUUUUAAGAGUGAUCGAGAUCGCCGUGAUCUUGUUACGUGUGGGUGUGCAGCUGGAGUUGCUGCUGCUUUUAGGGCUCCAGUUGGUGGUGUAUUAUUUGCAUUGGAAGAGGUUACAUCUUGGUGGAGGAGUCAACUCAUGUGGCGUGUCUUUUUCACUUCUGCUGUUGUGGCUGUCGUGGUGCGUACUGCAAUGGGGUGGUGUAAGAGUGGAAACUGUGGACAUUUUGGCUCCGGUGGCUUCAUUAUAUGGGACAUAUCAGGUGGUCAAGAGGACUACUCUUUUGAGGAGUUGCUGCCAAUGGCUGUUAUCGGAGUUAUUGGAGGUCUACUGGGAGCGUUGUUUAAUCAGCUUACUCUUUAUAUAUCUUAUUGGCGCCGAAAUCAUUUACACAAGAAAGGGAACCGAGUCAAGAUAAUUGAGGCAUGCCUUGUCUCCCUGAUUACCUCCAUUAUUUCCUUUGGAUUACCACUUCUAAGAAAAUGCAGUCCAUGCCCUGAUUCAGAUCCUGAUUCCGGUUUAGAAUGCCCAAGGCCUCCCGGAAUGUAUGGGAAUUAUGUAAAUUUUUAUUGCAGCAAGGAAAAGGAAUACAAUGACCUUGCAACUAUUUUCUUCAAUACGCAGGAUGACGCCAUAAGGAAUUUGUUCAGUGCAAAAACCAUUCAUGAGUUCAGUGCCCAAAGUUUGCUGACCUUUUUGGUUAUGUUUUAUACCUUAGCUGUGGUGACAUUUGGUACUGCUGUUCCAGCUGGUCAAUUUGUUCCUGGAAUAAUGAUAGGAUCAACAUAUGGGCGUCUAGUCGGCAUGUUUGUUGUUAACUUUUACAAGAAGCUCAGCAUCGAAGAGGGAACAUAUGCUUUACUGGGAGCUGCUUCUUUUCUUGGAGGGUCAAUGAGGAUGACAGUGUCUCUAUGCGUCAUUAUGGUUGAGAUAACAAAUAACUUGAAGCUUUUACCACUUAUCAUGCUUGUUCUUCUUAUUUCAAAGGCUGUUGGUGAUGCGUUUAAUGAAGGCCUAUAUGAAGAACAAGCACGACUUAGGGGUAUUCCAUUGCUGGAAUCAAAACCCAAAUAUCAGAUGCGGAAAAUGACUGCGAAGGAGGCUUGCGGACAACGGGUGGUGUCCUUCCCUCGCGUUGUUAAGGUUGCAGAUAUAGUUUCUAUUUUACGGAGCAACAAACAUAAUGGUUUCCCUGUGAUCGAUCACACAAGGAUUGGGGAAACACUUGUCAUUGGACUUAUGCCUCGCAGUCAUUUGUUGGUACUCCUGCAGUCAAAAGUAGAUUUCCAACUUAGUCCUUUGCCCAGUGAUCCUAGACCUGGAUCCAGGCCUAUCAGGCACACUCCUAGUGAAUUUGUCAAACCUGCUUCCAGUAAAGGAAUAUCUAUAGAGGAUAUACAUCUUAGUUCGGAUGACUUGGAAAUGUACAUUGAUCUUGCCCCAUUUUUGAAUCCAUCUCCAUACAUUGUCCCUGAAGAUAUGUCUCUGACAAAGGUAUAUAAUCUUUUUCGCCAACUAGGUUUGAGACAUAUAUUUGUUGUCCCUCGGCCAUCUCGUGUGAUUGGUUUGAUUACCCGAAAGGAUUUGUUGAUUGAGGAUAGCGAGGAAUCAGAUACAGUGGAGCUCCAAUCGACUAGUAUCUCGGCAUCGUGAUAGAAGCAUGUUGAGGAAUGGAGAUGCAGAAAGCCCACUCCUCAAUGUUCUUCUUGUCCAAGGUCAUACAUCCAGCUGAUGUUGAUGUCCAGUCUCCCAUGAAUGCAAUUCUUUUAGCCUAAUCCAUUCUUUCCUCCUGAAAUCUAUUUGUUUUCUUUCCAUUUUGUCUUUGAUCUAUUGAGCUUAGGCGUGAAAUUGUUAAUUGAAUAUUCCCCCCCUUUGAGCAUGGGGGGAUCGCGUGUCACGCCAUCUGAAUUUUGUAUUGCAUACAACCAAGAAAAGGCAUAAUGACAUGACGGAUUAGAAGA